UGGGCUCAUUGGUUGCAGCUGGGCCAUGGUGUUUGCUGCUGGAGGCUUCAAAGUGAAUCUUUAUGAUAUUGCACAACAACAGCUAACAAAUGCACUGGAAAACAUUCGCAAACAAAUGAAAGAGCUGGAGGAGUCGGGAUGCCUGAGAGGGACCUUGAGUGCGGAGCAGCAGUUGGCUCUCAUUAGCACCUGUACAGACCUGAAGGCAGCAGUAGAGGGUGCUACUUUCAUUCAGGAAUGUACUCCGGAGAACCUGGAACUGAAAAAGAAGAUUUUCGGUCAGUUAGAUCUUAUUGUUGAUGACAAUGUUAUCUUGAGCAGCUCGACCUCUUGUCUCUUACCCAGCAAAUUGUUCACUGGCCUUAAACAUGUUAAGCAGUGUAUUGUGUCACAUCCUGUAAAUCCACCUUACUUUGUGCCGUUGGUUGAAAUUGUUCCUCAUCCAGAAACAGAUCCUUCAACUACAGAGAGAACAUAUGCCCUGAUGAAGAAGAUUGGUCAAUCUCCUGUCAAGCUAAACAGAGAAAUUGAGGGGUUUGUUCUGAACCGGCUGCAGUACGCAGUGAUAAGUGAAGCCUGGAGACUUGUGGGCGAAGGAGUAAUAUCUCCUACUGAUCUAGACCUUGUGAUGUCUGACGGACUGGGAAUGCGAUACGCAUUUAUCGGACCUCUGGAAACCAUGCAUCUCAAUGCAGAAGGUAUUUCAAAUUAUUGUGAAAGGUACCGUGAAGGUAUGCGGCUUGUCUUGAACACUUUUGGACCAGUUCCAGAAUUUUCAGGAGAAAUUCAGCAGAAAAUCAGUCAGGCAAUGUCUGAAAAAAUUCCAGUUGUUCCAAAAGUCCUGGACGCCAGGAGAAAACAGAGAGAUGAAUAUCUCACUGGUCUUGCCAAACUGAAAAAACAAAUGAAAUCUGACUGA